GGUUCCAGUUGAGACCCAGCUGGGAGACAGACCCUUGUUCUAUCCCCGUGAGGAGCAGCCCUUGUCAAUAGCCACAUUGACGGAACCUGUGACUGGGAAAAGGACCGAUGGCUUGGAGUCUUGGUUGGAAAGCGCCCAGGACCCGCCGUGGUCUCCUUUUGCAGGCUGUGAGAAGCAGUGGUCUUCCCUUGUUUCCCUGGAGAGGAGCUGGACACGUCCUGGACCCUGAGGUGAAGGCCUUCCUGGAGGAGAACACCGAAGUCACCAGCAGUGGCAGCCUCACCCCCGAAAUCCAGUUGCGGCUCUUGACCCCCAGAUGCAAGUUCUGGUGGGAGAGAGCUGACCGGUGGCCGCAUAGCGACCCUUACUGGGCAGUCUACUGGCCAGGAGGCCAAGCCCUGUCCAGAUAUCUUUUGGAUAAUCCUGAUGUUGUCAGAGGAAAAUCUGUAUUAGAUCUUGGGAGUGGAUGUGGAGCCACAGCUAUUGCUGCUAGGAUGAGCGGGGCAUCAAGGAUCUUGGCCAACGACAUAGAUCCCAUUGCAGGAGUCGCUAUUACACUAAAUUGUGAGUUGAACCAGUUGAAACCAUUUUCCAUUUUAACCAAGAACAUUUUGAAUUUGGAACAAGAGAAUUGGGACCUGGUUGUUCUUGGAGAUAUGUUUUACGAUGAAAGCCUUGCAGAUAGUCUUCAUCAGUGGCUGAAGAAUUGCUCCCAGACCUACGGGACCCGGGUAUUGAUUGGCGACCCUGGGCGGCCCCAGUUCAGUGGACACAGCAUUCAGCACCAGCUGAGCAAAGUGGUGGAGUACGUGCUUCCAGAGCCCACCAGGCAGGAAAACAAUGGACUGACGACAAGCACAGUGUGGGACUUUCAGCCUUGA